UCAGACGUACAGAGUAGUGUUGAACUUUGAUGCUGACUUUAAAUCCCAUUAGCUGAGUUUUCGUUUGUCUGUGAAUUCAAUUCAUUAGUUCUGGUGAAUUUUGCCCAAUGCUUUUCAUCAUGUUUCAAACCUCCGGACAGCAUCACUUCAUUUAAACCGUUCCUUUUGCAACUUCAUAAGACUUUUUAAAGAAGACAAUCAACAUGACUGAGGAGAGCAAAGCUGAACACAGAGCAGAAAGCGGGAAAGAUUUGGAGAAACAGCUUCGUUUACGUGUUUGCGUUUUGAACGAACUUUUAAAGACCGAACGGGAUUAUGUUGGGACGCUGGAGUUUCUUUCGGUACUCCUUCAUCGCCUCAAUCAGUAUGCUGUGUCUAAAAUCGAUAAAAAUAUCACUGAGGAGACUGUCAAGGUGCUGUUUUCUAACCUGGAAGAGAUCCUGUCAGUGCACAGGGACUUCCUCUCCAUGGUGGAGGAGCUGCUGCAGCCCGACCCCAACCCGUACCAUGAAGUGGGCGGCUGCUUCCUGCACUUUAGAGGAAGGUUUCAGAUUUAUGACGAGUACUGUGGGAACCACGAGAAAGCUCAGAGGCUUCUGAUGGAGCUCAAUAAGAUCAGGACAGUACGCACACUUAUGCUGAACUGCAUGUUGCUGGGCGGCCGGAAGAACACAGAGGUUCCUUUGGAAGGUUAUCUGGUUGCACCCAUCCAGAGGAUCUGCAAAUACCCAUUACUACUGAGAGAGCUGCUGAAAAGAACCCCAAAGAAACACAAGGACUUCUCUCUGGUGCAGGAGUCACUGCAGGUGAUGAAAGCUGUCUGCUCCAGUAUCAAUGAGGCUAAAAGACAGAUGGAAAAACUGGAGGUGCUGGAAGAGUGGCAGUCUCAUAUUGAGGGCUGGGAGGGUUCCAACAUCACAGACAGCUGCACUGAGAUGCUCAUGCAGGGAGUUCUGCUGAAGAUCUCUGCUGGGAACAUCCAGGAACGGAUCUUCUUCCUCUUUGACAACCUGCUGGUGUACUGCAAGAAGAAAAACAGGCGUUUGAAGAACAGUAAAACGGCCACAGAGGGUCCACGAUACCUGUUUCGAGGCCGAAUCAACACAGAAGUGAUGGAGGUGGAGAAUGUGGAUGAUGGAACAGCUGAUUACCACAGCAGUGGGAACAUUGUGAACAACGGCUGGAAGAUCCACAACACAGCGAAGAACAAGUGGUUCGUCUGCAUGGCGAAGACGCCGGAGGAGAAGCAGGAGUGGCUGGAGGCCAUUUUGAAAGAGCGGGAACGACGAAAAACACUGAGACUGGGGAUGGAGCAGGACACCUGGGUGAUGAUCUCUGAGAAAGGCGAGAAGCUUUAUAACCUCAUGAGUAAACAGGGCCACCUCAUUAAGGACCGCAAGCGCAAACUCACCACCUUCCCCAAGUGUUUCCUCGGAAGUGAGUUUGUGUCAUGGCUGAUGGAAAUCGGAGAGACCAAUAACCCUGAGGAGGGGGUUCACUUGGGCCAGGCCCUACUGGAAAAUGGCAUCAUCCACCAUGUAACAGACAAGCACCAGUUUAAGGCCGAACCAGUGCUCUAUAGGUUCCGCUAUGACGAUGGCACGUACCACCCUCGCAGUGACAUGCAGGAUGUCAUCUCCAAGGGUGUGAGGCUGUUCUGCCGACUCCAUAGUUUAUUCACGCCUGUGAUCAGGGAUAAAGAUUAUCAUCUAAGAACAUAUAAAUCUGUGGUCAUGGCCAACAAGCUAAUCGACUGGCUGAUAGCACAGGGUGACUGCAAAACCAGAGAAGAGGCUCUGAUCUUAGGGGUGGAGCUGUGUGACAAUGGAUUCAUGCAUCAUGUUCUGGAAAAGAGUGAAUUUAAGGACGAGCCUCUUCUGUUUCGCUUCUUUGCUGAUGAAGAAAUGGAAGGAUCGAACACCAAGCACAAGCCCGUAAAACACGAUCUAAAAAUAGUGGAGAAUGUCAUUGCCAAGUCACUGCUGAUAAAGCCAAGCGAGGGUGGUUAUGGCUUCACUUUAGAGGAUCGUAACAGAGUACCUAUCGUCAAAUCAGUGGAGAAAGGUUCCCAUGCUGAGAUGGCCGGUCUGGAAGUGGGGAAAAAGAUCUUUGCCAUUAAUGGGGACCUAGUCUUCUUGAGGCCUUUCCAGGAGGUAGAAAGCUUCUUAAAGCAGUGCUUCCACAGCAAGGGACCCCUCAGAGUACUAGUCAGCACCAAGCCUAGAGAGACUGUGAAGAUCCCUGACUCUGCAGAUGGAUUGGGCUUUCAGAUCAGAGGGUUCGGCCCAUCUGUGGUGCAUGCUGUUGGCAGAGGCACUGUGGCGGCCAUCGCCGGCCUUCACCCAGGCCAGUGCAUCAUUAAAGUUAAUGGCGUCAACGUGAGCAAAGAGAGCCAUGCAAGUGUCAUCGCCCAUGUCACAGCCUGUAGGAAGUACCGAAGGGCCACGCAGCAAGACUCCAUUAAAUGGGUCUACAACAACAGCGAGAGUGCACAGGAAGACCACAAGAGGACCAGUCAGAAGCCAGCCACAGGGGAGAAUGGAGAUGUGUUUGAGUGCAAAGUUGAAGAGGUCAUAGAUAAAUUCAACACCAUCGCCAUGAUAGAUGGGAAAAAAGAUUUUGUGAGCCUGACGGUGGAUAAUGUGUAUCUGGAAUACGGCGUCAUGUAUGAAUAUGACAGCACUGCUGGGAUGAAGUGCCAUGUCCUGGAAAAAAUGGUAGAACCCAAAGGAUUUUUCAACCUGACGGCCAAGAUUUUGGAGGCCCUGGCCAGGAAUGAUGAGCAGUUGGUUCAGACCUGCAGCAGACUGAGUUCCAGCACAGAGCUCAUCCCUGAAGACUCGCAAACCAGGUUCAGUGUCAUGUGUGGAGAGAGACUAGAGCACAUCAAUCGAAGAAUCACAAAUUACAGGAAGUUUUCAAGAGUUUUAAAGAACAGAGCCUGGCCCACAUUCAAGCAGGCGAAGACCAAGGUUUCCCCUCUACACAGCAGCGACUUCUGUCCUACCAACUGUCACAUUAACGUAAUGGAGGUGUCAUACCCCAAGACCACCACUUCACUUGGAAGUGCCUUCGGAGUCCAGCUGGACAACAGGAAAAACACCCUGGAGAAACUGGGACACAAUUCGGAACAGGGUAAGCUGAAUCCCAUGGUUUAUGUCCAGCAUAGUAUUACAAGCAUGGCUGCCCCAUCAGGACACAGUCUGAGCAGGGCAGAAGGUCACGGUCUGCGUUUCCUGCUACGGGAAGAUGAUCUGCUCAUCCUGGAUGCCUACAACAAACUUCUUACCAAACUCACCACUGUCGUCAAAGAGAUGGAGUGCUACGCCUCCCAGAUUCAUGAUUUACUCUCAUCCAUCACACAUCCCACUGGCUCUGAAGGGAAACCCACAGAGAGCUACAUCUCAGCUGAGAGUGAGAGCGAAAGAAGUGAACGCAAUGGCAAGAAAGUGUGUUUCAAUGUGGUUGGAGAUGAGCAAGAGGACUCGGGUCACGACACCAUCAGCAAUAGGGACUCCUACAGUGAUUGUAACAGCAACAGGAACUCAAUAGCUUCCUUCACCAGCAUCUGCAGCAGUCACUGCAGCUCCUACGUACACAGUGAUGAGAUGGACUCAGGAGAUGAGAUGCCAGCCAGCGUGUGGAUAUCUCAUGACAAACAGAAGAGGCUGCAUGGGUUCCUGGAGCAUCUGUUUAGUGAGGUGGAGUCCAUCACCAGUUUGUUGAAAGGACCAACUGUGGCUCGGGCCUUUGAGCAGACAAAGUGCUUCAUGCCGGGACGAGGACUUCAAGAAUUCCACCAGGACAUGGAGCCCAAACUCAACUGCACCAAGAAACUGCGGCUUCAUGUCAAGCAGGAUCCAUGGAACCUGCCCUGCAGCAUCCAGACUCUCACACACACCAUAGCCAAGUUUGCAGAAGAGGUGAAAACACGGCUACUCCUGGUCUUACUGCAAUACACAGACUCAGAGAUCCAGUUGAGGAGGGACAUGGUGUUCAGUCAGAGUCUGGUGGCAGCGGUGUGCUCUUUCUCAGAGCAGUUGAUGGCCAUGUUGAAUCAGGCCCUCAGUGCUGAGAGUGAGAGUCAGGAAGCCAGUCGCCGCUGGCUGGAGCAGAUCUCCUCUGCUGGACUGCUGUUCCAUUUCCAGUCCCUGCUCUCCCCCAACCUGGCGGACGAGCAGGCCAUGCUAGAAGAUACUCAGGUUGCUCUCAUAGACCUGGAGAAGGUCACCUUCUGUUUUAGGCAAUUUGAAGGAGAGCCUUUUGUUGCUAAUAUGCCCAUCUCAUACCAAGUGGAGGGCACUCGGCUGGCUUUGAAAGUCUGUUUUUACCUGGAGGCAUUUUACUUCCAGCAGUUACCCCAGAGACUAAGACAUGGUGGCAGCUUCAAAAUCUACCCCGUCCUGUUCACCCAGGCCUUGGAGAGCAUGGAGGGAUAUUACUACAGAGAAAAUGUGUCAGUGGAAGAGUAUCAGGCCCAAAUCAAUGCUGGAUCUCUGGAAAAGGUCAAGCAGUACUACAAGAGACUCCGAGCCUUUUAUCUGGAUAAAUCAAACCUUUCCCCCAGCUCCGCUCCCAAAGCAGCCUUCAUAGACAAGCUGAUGCGUCCUUUGAAUGCGAUGGAUGAGUUGUACAGACUGAUGGAGAGUUUUAUCUUGUGUCGACGAACAGCUGCAUGCCAGUUCACAGCCUGUGGAGCGUCUGGAGUCGGGCUGCUCACCGUGGCGUCGGAGCUUUGCAGUCGUCUGGGAGCGUGCCACAUCGUCAUGUGUAACAGCGGAGUACACCGUUGUACGCUGGGUGUCACGCUGGAACAAGCCAUCCUGUUGACCCGAAAUCACGGUUUGCCACCACGAUGCAUCAUGCAGGCCACUGACGUCAUGAGGAAGCAGGGAGCAAGAGUGCAGAACUCAGCCAAGAACCUGGGAGUGAGAGACCGCACCCCGUCAACAGUGCCAAGAUUGUACAAACUGUGUCAGCCUCCACCUCCUGAUGGCGACCCCUGAACCCACAUGUCUUCAACAGAUCUAGACAGGCUGUAGUCCAACCCUAUGACAACACACACACUGUCCAUUUAAGGACAAUGUCUGGACGUCCACCCUCACUCCUGCUCAGAGGCAUCUGUCACCUCUCAACUCAAAGGGUUCCCAACAUAAUAUCUAAUGACUUGAGCCAUUGCUUUUUAAAGCCACCGUUAUAUUAUUUUUAUUUCCUGCCUUGCUCUUGUGCAUCUCAUUUUAGACUUAAGAUCAAACACUCAGGAUGUCUGAUCUCCCAGCUGCUGCCACUUCCUUCACGUCAAUGGAAAGUGUCAAUCAAAAUGUCUGUUUCGUAUAACUUUUUUCUUUAUAUAAAGAAGUUUGCACAGUGCUUUAGUCUCUGUAUGUUAAGGCAUACCAUUUGUUUAUAGUUUUUGUUUUGUAUUCAGUCACAACAGCAGAAUUAGCAUUGUAUUCCCAGACCUCAUUCUGACUGUAUGCAAAUUCCAUUCUCAUGUGAAUCUUUUGACAUUCAGACAUGUGUAUAGGUUUGGCUUUCACAUUCUUAAGUUUCUCAACACCAUAGUGCAUUAAGCUACAUGUUGCAGUCUCAGUACUGCAGUCUCAGUGAAGUAAUGUGUCAUACAGUACUGGAAAGUUAAUGCACACAACAUUGUGGUCAUCAGUGUUUAUAUAUGUUGUCACACUUACAGUACAUAGGUAUAUAUAUAUGUAUAUAUAUAUAUAUAUAUAUAUAUAUAUAUAUAUAUAUAUAUAUAUAUAUAUAUAUGAUUUUGUCUUCACAUUUAAACUAUUCAAUACUCAGGAGUUAUUCUGUGUUACAUGUAAUCUUAGUGUUGCUUAACAUAACAAAUUAAUCAAUCAUUACUAUACAAAAUCAAGAAACAGCUUGUUAACUCUAUAGGUUCCAUUUUGAAAAAGGAAAAACAAGAUCUGGUAUUCAGUAUAUUUUAACGGAAUAUGUUGUGUCUGUUUCAAUUAAUAUGCUCUUUAUAAAAGCAGCCACCAGGAAUAAUACAUAAGAUUUUACUGUAAAAAAGGUUUUUGUUGAAAGAGACAGUUAUUUAUUUGGUCAUAAAUCUAACCCAUUAUGAGAUUUUCCAAGUACAGUACAUGUUUUAUUCCUCUUCUAACCUGGAAACCAGGUUGAUUUCACUAUUAUGACAAAAAAAUUGUAUUGUCAAAUUAAUUUCAAUAAAUAGUUUAAAGGAAAUGGAAACAUAUUGUUGCCUAGAUUAUUGAACUCAUCUUAUGUGAUUGAGUCAUGUGAUUGUAAACACUGAAGGUUUAUGCAAAAGACUUCAACAGUGUUUGAUUUAUACCAGUGCUGCAACAGAUCUCGGCAAUUAAUGUAUUUAGUUUAUAUUUGACAAUAUGUAUGUGCUGAGUGCAAAUAAACUCCC